UCACGUCAAAGCGGCGUAGACAAAGGGCGGGCGCGCGCACGUCCUUACGCACGCCUCGGCUGGAGGCGGCGGGCCAGGACGGGAGGGACCAGCACCGGAGGGAUCUGGAGCCCUGGAGUUUCGCGGUCGCUUUGGCAGCAUGUAAGCAACUUCUUGCCAAGAACCCAGGUCACCACUGAGAAGAGUCCUUAGGGAGAAGAAUAUCCAGAGGAAACCAAUGCCAGGAGUGUCUGGAAUUAUACUCACUGCAGGCAGCAUGAGACAUUCUGUGCCAGCAUCUGUGUCCUACUGGCAAAGACUGUAAUUCUCCAGGUAGGAGGGUCCUGGAAGCAUCAUGCACCAGGAGCCUCUCCAGAGGAAAAAUGGGGCCAGAUAUGAACUCUCUACAAUGAACACAAUUUUCAGCUUAUGAAGAAAUUUUAAGUAAAACACUUAUUUAAUUCCCACAUAUUCAAGUUCAGUAGCCUUCUGAGUGAAGUGCCAGCAGUCACCCCACCCUCUACAGGAGUUAUCAGCAUUUUUCUGGCACCAAGUUGAACUCUUCUUGGUAUUUUUGGCAAUGACAGAUAAUCAGAACAGAUUUAUCUGCUAAAUGCUCUUGGGCAGGAAAAAAAGUAAAACUUCUGGAAGCAGUGUAAGGGUAGCGGAGCAGAGAUCCCUGCCUCACUGCUCACUGUCACGGAAACAGCCUGGACUCUGAUGCUCAUACCGAAGAUUGACCCUGCCUCAUUUACCUCCAAAGUCCAUCUAUUCCGGGGAGAUCCGACGUUUUCGGGUUGCCUCCUGUGGCCCUUUUUAUCAUUUUACUCCCAGGCUUUCUGUUGAGGCUGUCGAAUGAUAUGAACUUUGGAAUGGAGUUUAUUUUCUGUUGGGAACUUGCCUCCUUUCUCAGGGGGGUGCUGUCUCAGAGGACCAUCUGACGUCCGUGCGUUGUUCUUGGGGAGAGGAGGGCAUUGGCCUUGCCUGGAUCCUCCACCAUGUUCCUGUUGCUGCCUUUUGAUAGCCUGAUUGUCAACCUUCUGGGCAUCUCCAUAACUGUCCUCUUCACCCUCCUCCUUGUUUUCAUCAUAGUCCCUGCUAUUUUUGGAGUUUCCUUUGGUAUCCGAAAGCUCUACAUGAAAACUUUGUUAAAAAUCUUUGCGUGGGCGACCUUGAGAAUGGAGAGAGGAGCCAAGGAGAAGAACCACCAACUCUAUAAGCCCUAUACCAAUGGAAUCAUUGCAAAAGAUCCCACUUCACUAGAAGAAGAGAUCAAAGAAAUUCGUCGAAGUGGUAGCAGUAAGGCUCUGGAUAAUACUCCAGAGUUUGAGCUCUCUGACAUUUUCUACUUUUGCCGGAAAGGAAUGGAGACCAUUAUGGACGAUGAGGUGACAAAGAGAUUCUCAGCAGAAGAGUUAGAGUCCUGGAACCUGCUGAGCAGAACCAAUUACAACUUCCAGUAUAUCAGCCUUCGGCUCACUGUCUUAUGGGGCUUAGGAGUGCUGAUUCGGUAUUGCUUCCUCCUGCCACUCAGGAUAGCUCUCGCAUUCACGGGAAUUGGUCUUUUGGUGGUGGGCACCACUGUGGUGGGAUACUUGCCAAAUGGGAGGUUUAAGGAGUUCUUGAGUAAACAUGUUCACUUAAUGUGUUACCGGAUCUGCGUGCGAGCCCUGACAGCCAUCAUUACCUACCACGACAGGAAAAACAGGCCUAGAAAUGGUGGCAUCUGUGUGGCCAAUCAUACCUCUCCUAUUGACGUUAUCAUUUUGGCUAGUGACGGGUAUUAUGCCAUGGUGGGUCAAGUGCACGGGGGACUCAUGGGCGUGAUUCAGAGAGCCAUGGUGAAGGCCUGCCCUCACGUCUGGUUUGAGCGGUCUGAAGUUAAAGAUCGCCACCUGGUGGCUAAAAGACUGACUGAGCACGUGCAGGAUAAAAGCAAGCUACCUAUACUUAUCUUCCCAGAGGGAACCUGCAUCAAUAAUACAUCGGUGAUGAUGUUCAAAAAGGGAAGUUUUGAAAUUGGAGCCACGGUUUACCCUGUUGCUAUCAAGUAUGACCCUCAAUUCGGUGAUGCCUUCUGGAACAGCAGCAAAUAUGGGAUGGUGACGUACCUGCUGAGAAUGAUGACCAGCUGGGCCAUUGUCUGCAGUGUUUGGUACCUGCCUCCUAUGACCAGAGAGACAGAUGAAGAUGCCGUCCAGUUUGCAAAUAGAGUGAAAUCCGCCAUUGCCAGGCAGGGAGGACUCGUGGACCUGCUAUGGGAUGGUGGUCUGAAGAGGGAGAAGGUGAAAGAUACAUUCAAAGAGGAGCAGCAGAAGCUGUACAGCAAGAUGAUUGUUGGGAACCAUGAAGACAGGAGCCGGUCCUGAGCCUGCGCCUUGCGCUGGCUGGAUCCAUCAUGCCUGAAUCCUGAAACGGGAGACAGCUGGAGUCGUUGCUGCCGCAGCCCCCACUGCUGCAUUCUUUCCAGACUUGGGGUCUUUGGGCUGCUGUGGAUCCCAGGACUCCAGCUUCUUCAGAGCUGCCUGGAUCCCUGGGCUUGCCGUCUGAAGUGAACGCUGCUGGGUGUUGCUGCCCAGGAUAAGAUGCCUUCUUGUUACUUUUACAAUAGGUCCAUUGGAGGAAUGCCAUUAAAGUCAACUCUCCACCUAUGCGCACGCAGGGCUGAGUGGUUGAAGAAUUGGCCGCAUUCCUGUGCUGGGGAACAGUAGGACGUUAGUCCCUUACAGAUGCCCACAUGCCAGGGACUUGGCGGGGGGAAGGACUGCCUACUUGUGAGGAGAGGCACUGCGAGGCAGUGGGUUUGCCAGCCUCAGCAUCGCCGCCCCACCUCCCACCAGCCUUGGAGUUUUGUGGGUUUGGUAAAAGAAAACUGUUGUCUGCAGGGGCUUUCAGCAAGACGAAGUUUUAAGUUCUUGUGCAGUCACCGGAGGGGGUGGGAAGAGGCAGGAUGAACCAGUGACUGCUGUGUGAUGGGAACCAACAGUCACUUUUCGCGUUCAGACUUCAGUGCUAACCCUGAACUCCCAUGUGACUUGCUCUUUGUUAACACGUGCCUCAGUUUCUCCAUAUGUAACCUGGACCAGGAGGGGGAAGGGUGGCGAAACCUACCUCACAGGGCUGUUCUGGGGAUUAAAGUGCUUCAGUGGCUGGAGGAGAGUAAAGCUCAGUGUUGUAAGGACGGGUCCCCGAGAUGUGGCAGGAUGAGGUCUGAGCUCCAAGCUGCUGCCCAGGGCUUGGAAGUUGUUUUGUGAGUAAAUAAAAUUGUCUUUGAUGGUGAAUGAA